AUGGAGGCUGCUCCCAGGGAAGCGGCAUCCCCUGUGUCAACACUUAGGGCGACUGCUCCGGUUGAGAUUGGCAACUCUGCUGGCAUCAUGGAGGGAGCUCUGGUCGAGCGCGUCCUUGCACACACAGCAGUCGCUUCGGGAGAGGAUCCCCAGCUUGGUAAGAAGCGCGGUUCACUUGCAUUCUCGGGAGCGGACGGCAUGGUAGACGUGGUGAGCCGAAAGUGCCACUGCAAGAAGGCGCGACCUUCUUUCGGACUCGAGGGCGGACAGGCCACCCACUGCAUCGCCUGCAAGACGGACGACAUGGUCGACGUGAGCACGCUACAACGCUACAAGGGCUACUGCCUGCGUUGUUUCGUGUACCUGUUUCCCGACGAGAAGGUUGCCAGGAACUAUAAGGUCAAGGAGAAGCACUUUGUCGACUACAUCAAGGCGGCUAGCGUUCUCCCAGACACUGCAGAAGUCACCUUCGACAAGAGGCUUCAGGGCGGGUGCUCGGCGCGGAGGCCUGACAUCUUUGUCGAUGUGUACACCCACACCGUGCACUCGGAAUGCGACGAGGAUCAACACUCUGCAAGCAACUAUUCGUGCGACAACAAAAGGCUUAUGGAGCUGUUUCAGGAUGCCGGCAAUCGCCCUCAGGUGCAGCUGCGGUUCAAUCCGGACGGCUUCACGUCCGCAGAUGGCGAAAAACACCCAAGCUGUUUCAAGUACAACAAGCUUGGGGUGCCCGUCAUCCGGAACCAGGCCAUAUGGAAGCCCGCAUGA